AUGUUAAGUCGUCUUGAAGAAAUGGGGAUAGUUGGAAGAAUUUAUAUUGGUUCCGAAGGAAUAAAUGCGCAGGUUUCUUGCCCUGAAGAAAAGUUAGAAGAAUUAAGAAAAUAUUGUGAAGAAGUAUUAGAUUUAAAUGACUUGGAGUUUAAUUUCUCAACAUAUCAUGUAAAGGCAUUUAGAAAAUUACAUGUUAAAGUUAGGAACAAGGUUUGUGUGGAUGUAUUGACGAAAGAUAUUGUCGCAGAUGGAUUAGAAUCCGAUUUAUAUGAUCUUUCCAAGCAACCAAAACACCUUGUACCAGAAGAAUGGCACAAAGCAUUAUCCAAUGCCAAAGGAUCCCUCACCCUAAUAGAUAUGAGAAAUCAUUAUGAGAGGCAAAUUGAACUUUAUUUUUCAAAUUUUCGCAGCGAGAUUGGUUAUUUUGAGAAUUCAAUACGACUAGAUGUGGAUACUUUCCGUGAUAGUAUCAAGGUCAUGAACGAAAUAUGCGAGGGAAAACAAAACGAAGAAAUUUAUAUGUAUUGUACCGGUGGCAUUCGAUGUUCUAAGGCGGGGUCCAUAUUACUUUCUAAAGGUUUUAAAUCAGUUAACAUGCUUAAGGGGGGAAUUACAGCAUAUGGACGGUUUGUUAAGGACAAUCCAUCAGUGACUUCCUUAUAUAAAGGUCGCAAUUUUACUUUCGAUAAGCGACUUGGCGAACCAAUUACAAAUGACAUCAUUUCUCAAUGUCACACGUGCGGCAAACCAUGUGACACUCACACGAAUUGCAGGAAUAAAACUUGCAAUUUAUUAUUUAUUCAAUGUGAAGAGUGCAAAAUUAAAUUACAACGAACUUGUGGCACUGAAUUUUGUUUACAAUUAAUUCAGGCUUGGGAUGAAAAGUAUGGCAGACCAUCAACGUUUGAUGAUGUGAAACCAGGUUUAGAGUGCGUUUAUGAUCAUGUACAUCGAACAAGACCCAAAUUGGUUAUCAAAAGGUUGGGCGGAACAGCAUCAGAUAUUUCAACGGAUAUUAUCCCAGACAUUAUAGAUCAAAGAGAUAAGCAAAUGAAAAAAUGA